AUGACAUCGCAAUGGCAAGCCAUACGUCUCCUCCACGGAGUCCGUGCCAUAGUUGGUGGCCAAGGCCCCCCUUUGGUUCUCAUUCCAGGCUGGCCACAAACAGCGGAGGCUUUUAGCGAUAUCUUCGAGCCCAUUUCAAAACAUUAUCAAUUUUUCGCUCUCGACCCCCCGGGCUUGGGUGACUCGCCCCCUCCCCUCGACGGCUAUGAUACUGCGAACGUCAGCAAAGUCAUGGCAGAGGCUAUUCACGAUAUCUUGAAAGAAAGAAAGUACCAUUUAGUUGGACACGAUGUGGGUGGAUGGAUCGCUUAUCCUUGGGCUGCUCAAUUUCAAUCGAGAAUCAAAUCGCUCGGUAUACUCGACGCUUCAGUGCCGGGUUUCCUGCCGCAGCUCCAGUUUCCGUUGUCUCACCAGACCAACAUGCGCCUUUGGCAAUUUUCGUUUAACGCGCUUCCUGAGUUACCUGAGAUUCUCACCCGCGGUCGUGAGCGUGACCUCCUGACCUGGUUUUUCAACUUGAAGACGGUUCAUCCGGAUGGUUUACCCAAAGAUCAAUUCGAACGCUACAUCCAAGCCUAUUCCAGACCCGGGGCGAUGAGUCGGGGGUUCGAGUAUUAUCGCGCCUUUGAAACGAGCGCGAAACAGAACCUGCAUUUUGCGAAAACACCGCUUGACAUCCCUGUCUUGGCUUUAGGUGGCGCCAGCUCCGUCGGCUCCAACAUGAUUCACUUGGUUCAGAACUUCGCAACCAAGGUUUCUGGAGGCGCUAUUGACAAUUGCGGACACUUUCUACCCGAAGAGCAACCAUCUGCUGUAGCGUACAAGCUGCUGGAGUUUCUCGAGGCAAAUCAAACAGAAUAA